AUGGUAACUGUUAGUGAUGAAAAUACAGACGACGAAAGUACAAAUGCUUUAAUUUUAACACAGACAAUUUCAUGUAUAGAUAUACAACGAUACAGCUCUUUAGAAAAGGCAAUUAGAGUAACAGCAUACGUCAUGCGUUUUAUACAGAAUUUACGGAAUUCAGGAAAUAAACGAUCAAUCGGUUUUAUCAGUGUUGAGGAGCGAUGUAAAGCAUUAGAAGUGUUAAUAGUAACAGUACAACAGGAAACAUUUAAGGAUGAAAUUGAAAGCUUGAAUUCAUCUUCACAGAAAAAAGUGCCACUAGUUCGACAACUUAAACUAUAUACAGAUAAAAAUGGAUUACUACGUUGUACCGGGAGAAUUCAAAACGCAACUGUGAAGGAUAGUACUAAAUAUCCGUUGUUAUUGCCAACACACCACAGUCUUACGUCCUUAAUUGUAAUGGAUGCACAUACAAAGACUUUACAUGCCGGACUUAACAGUACAAUCGCAUAUAGUCAACAGAAAUAUUGGAUACUGAGAAUAAGACAGUGCGUAAAAUCACAAAUUCGUAAAUGCGUUCAAUGCAUUAAAAUAUCAGGAAUGCCUUAA